AUGAGUUCUCCUGACCUGCACCAGCUGCUCUAUGGAGUUCCGAUUACUUGCCAUGCUUGGAACAAGGACCGCUCGAUGGUCGCCAUCAGUCCAAACAAUCAUGAGGUCCACAUUUACAAGAAAUCGGGUUCUACCUUCACUGUGGCCCAUGUCCUGAAUGAGCACGACAAACUAGUCACCUCAAUCGACUGGGCUCCAAACUCAAACCGUAUCGUCACCUGCUCACAAGAUCGUAACGCCUAUGUCUGGACUUGGGACGGCUCCUUGUGGAAACCUACUCUGGUCUUGCUUCGUAUCAACCGAGCUGCUACCUUUGUACGUUGGUCGCCAUUCGAAAACAAGUUUGCCGUCGCUAGUGGCGCUAGAUGCAUCUCGGUAUGCUACUUUGAAGAAGACAAUGACUGGUGGGUUUCAAAACACAUCAAGAAACCUAUUCGAUCUACUGUCUUGUCCUUGGACUGGCAUCCUGAAAACAUUCUGCUUGUUUCUGGGUCGGCGGAUAUGACGGCACGAGUCUUUUCUGCCUUCAUCAAGGGUACAGACACCAAAGCUUCCAGUCCUGUAUGGGGUGAAAAGCUUCCAUUUGGUACUGUCUGCGCUGAAUACUCUAACGGGCCUGGAGGUUGGGUACAUGGUGUUGCCUUUGCUCCUAGUGGCAACUUUAUUGGAUGGGUCGGACACGACUCUAGUCUGUCGCUUGCUUCACCUGCUUGGGGUCCUGCUCCUGUUACCAUCAAGACAUCGACUUUGCCCCUCAUGUCGAUGAUCUUUACAUCGGAAAACACUAUUGUGGCAGCAGGACAUGACUGUACCCCUUACUUGUUUGCAAACCAAAACAACAAAUGGGUCUUGGUGGACAAGAUGGACCGUGGACAGAAAAAGUCUACUACAGGAGACAAUGCCAUGGCCAAAUUCAAGCAAAUGGAUAGUAAGGCUCAAGCUGGUCAGGGUGAUACUGAAUUGACUACCAAUCACCAAAACACCAUCACAUCUGUUCGAGCAUAUGCUGGACCUAGUGGAUCCGUUACGCGAUUCUCUACAAGUGGCGUUGAUGGUAAAUUGGCUGUUUGGGAUACGUCUUUGAGUGAUGCGAUGUCUGGCAUGCGCAUGAAGUAG